UCGUAGUUUCCUCAAUCAACAUCUUGCGGGCUAUGCAUUCCAUUCACACGGGUUUUCAGAGACACUUUGCCAUUUAAAUUUCGAUUAAAAUGUAACGUGCCCAGAAGGAAACUACAAUUUAAUCACAAGAUGAGGCAGUUAACGAAUCAAGCAGUUUAACCACAACUGUGACUGGUUGUCUAUAAAAAAGCUGGCUUGCAUGAGGUCCACAGUCAGUGCUCCAGCAUCGUCUGCAUCGAAGGGUUAUUGACGUUAUCCAGUUAUCGACAAUUCAAGAUGAAGGCAAUCAUACUUUGCAGUUUGAUUCUGGGAAUCGCAAAUGCCCUUUACAUUGACGGUGAAGAGGAAGAUGGAUAUGGAGGCUAUGGAUACAAAGUGGUAAAAGGACCACCAGGACCUCCAGGACCAGCAGGGCCAGCAGGACCAGUGGGACCCCCAGGUGCCCCAGGCGAGGAAGGACGAAAAGGGCGACCAGGUAGACCAGGCAGACCAGGAAAAAGAGGACGACCAGGAAGACCAGGAUUAGACGGAUUACCCGGUCGCCCAGGAAAGCGUGGCAAACCCGGACGCCCAGGCAGACCAGGUAGACCAGGUAGACCAGGAAGACCCGGUAAGAAGGGACAACCCGGAUUUGAUGGAGCACCCGGACCAAGAGGACCUAGGGGACCCCGCGGACCACGCGGCAGGCCAGGAAGACCAGGCAAGAAAUACUGGUACUCAAAGAAAUUACACUAAUAACUGGAUGUUCCAAAUAAACACUGAAAGUUAAAUAUACGAGACUGUCUUGUGACAAGGAAUGUAGUUUGAUUCCUUAAUUUAUUGAAUAGUUUGAAUGACGUAUUUGAAAGCAUAUCUUUCCAUUAAAAGCAAUUGAACAAAAGCUGUAUUUUCUUC